AUGGCCAACAUAUUCUGGCUGCAGCUCCGCGCGCUGAUAUGGAAAAAUUGGAUUGUGCUCUCUAAACACUCCUUUUACGGCAUCGGCGACCCUGUACCCAUAAAAUCCCUGCAAAGCCAGUUCGACCCGAAACUCGCGUUCAUCUGGUCCGACGCUACAGCCAACUCCUCCUCUUCCUCCUCUGCGUCCUCACCUACACCAUCCGCGAUCAUCGAGCGUAUCACAGCGGACUUUACACCAUCCCAACGCGCCUCCGUGCGCCAAGUCGCGGAUCCGCUGAGCAUCCCGUCGUUGUGCCCGCAGAAUUUUAAUUUGUUUUCGCAGUGCUUUGCGGCUGUUGUGUUUUAUGAUGUGCCUGCGCCCGGUAACGGCAAUAGCAAUAGUAGCAGCGGGGGCGGGGGUGGAGGAGCGGGAGGGGCAGGGGGAAGAGCGGUGAAUUAUACGAUUUCGGCGGAUUCGGGGCUCGGUUUUGUGGAUGUUGUACACCAUACGAGUGAUUUUGAGAAGAGGAUUUUGCCGUUGCAGUGGGCGAUUGAUAAGGCGAUCAUCGAGCUGCAGACGGGUGUAGAGCAGCAGGUCCCGCUCGAGUGGCCGUUCACGCAGGAGACGAACGAGGAGCAGAAGACGGGUAUCAGGCUUAGUUAUAUCAGGGGGAUUAGGUCCUUGCUUGUGCUUGCUUUGUACGUUCCCCCUCCCUCUCUCGCUCUCCCUCUUCUUCUCCAUAUUCCCCCUUCUCCCCACACCCUUUUUCGUUAUGUCGUCCUCGUUGAAUGGUAUCAAGCUGACUUGCGACUUGCAACUCAUGUGUGUGUGCGAUGCAGCUUCGUGACGUUUGUAGGCAUCUCGUAUCAGCUUCCUGGAUCGGUCGCGGGGGAACGAGCGUCGUUGAUCACGGAGCAUAUGAAGGCUAUGGGGUUGAAAGAUUCAGCUAGGAUUCUAUCCUGGCACAUCUCCAUAUCCCUAACAUACCUCCCCGCAUGGAUAAUCGUCUCCCUAACCUGGCACUUCCAAGUCUUCAAAUCCUCCUCCGCAGGACUCAUCCUAAUAAUGCACAUCCUCCUCGGCCUCGUCCUCGCAUCCUACUCCUUCUUCACCUGCGCGCCCUUCGGCAAGUCCCCGCAGCUCGCUGCCGUUGUAACGACGUUUUGGGUGAUUGUGCUAGCGAUACUGGCGUUGGUUGUAAAGGCGAGUGGGAGCGGGGUGCUGUUUGUGUUUGCGCUGGUUUUUCCGCCGGCGUGGUAUGUGUUUGCGGUUAAGGCGCUGUGUGGGUGGGAGAAUAGGGAGAUUGGGGCGUUGGUGGGUAAGGCGGAUCCGGAGAGUGGGAUUGUGAUUGCGCCGUUGCUUUUGGCUGCUGUGAUUGAUAUUUUCUUGUGGCCGUAUCUUGCUGUCCUCCUCGAACGGCACUUGUACGAUGCGCGUCGCGGUCCCUCUUCCUCCCCCUCCCCCUCCCGUCGACCAUUCUAUAAAUUCUGGCAAAGAACGCCCUCCUCGUCAUCAUCAUCAUCAUCAACACCCGAACACCCGCCAAUUGCCGAAAACACCGCGAUUUCGAUUAGAAAUCUGACAAAGACGUACAAGACGACGCGGUGGUUUGGACUUGGGUCGAAGAAGGGCGAGGUCACGGCUGUUCGAGAGCUUAGCCUUGAUGUGCCGCGUACGGGGAUAUUUGUGUUGUUGGGUUCGAAUGGAGCUGGAAAGUCGACUUCGUUGUCUGUUAUUGCGGGAUUGUCAAGUCCUACAAGCGGGAGCGUCACAUUUUCCGUCCCCUCCCCUUCCCCCUCCCCCUCCUCCUCCUCAACCACCACCACCACAACCACCUACACACAAACCACCCUCCCACCCCGCGGCACACUCGGCAUCGUCCCACAAAAAAACGUCCUCUUCCCCGAACUCACAUGCCUCCAAACGCUCCGCGUCUGGCGCGCCGUCAAGUGGUCUGAGCAUUCGGAUGAGGGUGAGGAUUUGGAGCAGUUGCUGAGGGAUUGUGAUCUUGGGAGGAAGGUACAUGCGAAUGCGGAUACGCUUUCGGGGGGACAGAAGAGGAAGUUGCAGUUGGCUGUUGGGUUGCUUGGGGGGUCGAAGAUUGUUUUGGUGGAUGAGUGUACGUCGGGCGUGGACCCGCUCAGUAGACGCGCGCUGUGGAAGACUCUGACGGCGUUCCGCGAGGACAGGAGUAUAGUCUUCACAACCCACUUUUUGGACGAGGCGGAUCUGUUGGCGGACUAUAUCGCGAUCCUCGCUGCACCUGGAAAAGUCGUCGCGUCCGGCCCGCCUGUUGCGCUCAAGCGCGAUUUGGGAGAGGGGUAUUCUAUGCAGGUCGCUUUUCCCUCUUUGCACACCGCCAAUGCCGAUGCCGAAAAGACGUCCCCCGCCGACGCGCUGUUCCACAAAAUCUCCGCUAUCGCGCCGCAGAUGUACACUACCUCGCCUGACCCCGCGCAUGUGGUUUAUCAUCUUAAAACGAGGGAUAGUAAGGUUAUUAGACAGGUGACGGACUUGUUGGAUGAGGAGAUGCGCGUGGGCGCGGUGGUUGGGUAUGAUAUCCUCGGCACGACGAUUGAGGAUAUAUUUUUGGAUUUGAUGAAUAAGAACGAUGCCGUAUCCGCCACGGGCGCAGGAGCAAGUGCAAGUGCAAGUGCAAGUGCGGCGGAGCAGGACGAGGAAAAGACGUCGCGGGGCACAGUCACACCAUCUCCGCCUCCGCCCGGAAUCUCUCUGAAAGCAUCGGGACCAGGAGCAGCACUAGACUCGCACAUCAUCGACUUACCAACAGGCCGCCCGGUGCACGCGUACAAACAGGCGCAGACGGUCUUUUACAAACGAUGGCUCAUCGCGCGGCGCAGCUGGCUCACGCCCUUCCUCACCGUCCUCCUCGCCGUCGCGGGCGCGUGCAUCCCCCUCGUCUUCAUCCGGCACAAACAGCAGUCGUGCGUGCGCCGCUUCGAUACGCCCGUCUCUAUCCCCCUAUUCUUCCCAGACUCCCCCAUCCUCCUCAGCAGCUUCACCUUCGGCCCGUCGUCCCGCGUACUCAAUCAGCCGCCGGGUAUUAUACGUCAGGCGCUCGGAGCUUCCGCUGGUGCACUGCGCACGACGGAUGUGAGGGAUAACGCGACGUUUGUGGGGGAUAUUACGAGUAAUUAUAGGAAUUUUUCACUUGGGGGUGUGUCGUUUGAUAUGAGCACGGGUGCGGCGCUCGUUGCGUGGGAGGCGACGCCGCCUGGGUUGACGGGCCCGACGAUGUUGAAUUUGGCGACGAAUGUGUUGUAUAGUCGUGCGGUGAAUGCGAGUGCUGUGGGUGGGGGUGGGGGUGCGCAGGGAGAGGCGGUUAUUAAGGCGAAUUAUGCGGCGUUCCCGCCUGUUGCGGCUGGUACGCUCGUGUCGCUGCGCUGGAUCGUAUUUUUCGGGGCUGUCAUGGCGGUAUACCCGGCGUUCUACACACUUUACGUCGCGAAGGAGAGACGGACGUCGGUGCAGGCGAUGCAGUUCUCGAAUGGACUGACGAACCCGCUUGGGCUGUGGUUAGGCCAUUUGAUGUUCGAUACGCUGUCGGUGGUGGUGUUGUCGACGAUUAUCACCGUUGUGUUUGCGGCUGCGGCGUCGAAUCAGUUCCAUGGGCUUGGGUUCUUGUGGUGGCUUGGAGAAUGUACUGACAGAGUGUGGGUUGUUAUACAGUGGUUUGUUAUGGUGCAGUAUGGAAUCACUGGGGCGCUGUUUGCGUAUUGUGUGUCUUUGAUGGUUGCAACGCCUCUCGCGGCCUUUGCAGCUGUGGCUGGAUACCAAUUCGUCAUGUUCAUUCUUUAUUUGUCUUCGUACCUUUUGGUAUUGACGUAUGGAAAAGUCACGGAGGCUACAAGGUUGACUACUAUCAUCCACUUUUCGACAUCGAUCGUCGCGCCUGUAGCUAGUGUGACACGCGCUGCACUGGUCUCCGUCAACCUGUUCUCAUUACUCUGCGAUGGAACGACUGAAGUCAACGCCUCCUCCAUGGGCUCAAUCAAGCGCUAUGGCGGGCCCAUCCUCUACCUCUUCGUCUACGCCUUCAUUCUCCUCGCCAUCCUCGUCUGGGUCGACUCGGGCACGCGCACCCCACGACGUCUCCGCGCGCGCAAGCUGCCCUCUGGGUCCGGUACGCCCUCCUCCUCCGCGUCCAAGGAGGACGUCAUGGCGGCUGCAGAGGCGGUUGCGGGCUCGGAUGACCUGUUGCGUGUUGUGAACAUUUCGAAGAAGUUUGGGCAGAAUCAGGUAGUGGAUGAUGUUAGCUUGGGGGUGUCAAAGGAUACGAUUUUUGCGCUCCUUGGACCGAAUGGGGCUGGGAAGACGACGACGUUUAAUAUUAUCCGCGGUGAUAUUCUACCGGAUGUCGGAGACGUGUUUAUCAACGGUGUGUCUGUCGUGCGGAAUCCACGCACGGCUCGCGCGGCGCUUGGCGUCUGUCCGCAGUUCACAGCCAUCGACUCGCAGCUCACCGUCGAAGAACAUCUCAUCAUCUACGGACGACUCAAGGGCUUGCAACAAGGUCCAGAGCUAGACUCGAGUGUGCGCGCAGUACUGCUCGGCACCUCGCUGGGGAUGUACGCUGAUAGACUUGCGAGCAAGCUGUCGGGGGGAAAUCAGCGCAAACUGUCGCUUGCGAUAUCGCUCAUUGGUAAUCCGUCGGUUGUGUUGAUUGAUGAGUUCUCGACGGGGAUUGAUCCGAAGAUGAAGAGGGAUAUGUGGCAGACGCUUAGAAGGGUUGCGGUUGGGAAAGCGGUUGUGAUUACGACGCAUUCUAUGGAGGAGGCGUCUGCUCUGGCGAGUGGUGUUGGUAUUUUGGCUAAGCGUAUGCUAGCUGUUGGCACAACCGAGUCCCUAUCCGCGCGUUAUGCGACAUACGAAGUACACUUUACAUGUCGCACGCGCGACGAAAUUGUCAAAGCGCGUACACUUAUGUCGCACAUCCCUGGCUCGCGCAUGGCGGACGACGUCGCGACGCGCUUCGAGGUGCCCAUCGGGACAGCAGCUGAAGACGGCUCUGAGCCGUUCACGCUCGGACAGCUAUUUGACACCCUAGCGACCCAUGGCGAUUUCACGGAGUACACGGUUGAGAAGGCGAGCUUGGAGAGUGUGUUUUUGAAGGUUAUUAGGGAGAAUGAUGUGAAGGAGGAGGAUAGUGCUGCGCGUAGAAGAGAGGGUGCUGGCAAAAAGGCGUGGUGGAGGUUUUGGUGA